UAAAAUAAGCUUUAUCACUCCUGCCCUAAGAAAUUCUUCCAUUUUCAUCAUUCUCACUUUUUCCCUUUAGGUUUUCUGAAGGUCAACAAUGAAAAACAGAACCAUGUUUGGUGAGUUUAUUCUACUGGGCCUUACAAAUCAACCCGAACUCCAAGUGACGAUAUUCAUCUUUCUGUUCCUCACCUACAUGCUAAGUGUCCUAGGAAAUCUGACUAUUAUCACCCUCACUUUACUAGAUCCCCACCUCCAGACCCCCAUGUAUUUCUUCCUCCGGAAUUUCUCCUUCUUAGAAAUUUCCUUCACAUCCAUUUUUAUUCCCAGAUUUCUGACCAGCAUGACAACAGGAAAUAGAGUCAUCAGCUUUGCUGGCUGCUUGACUCAGUAUUUUUUUGCUAUAUUUCUUGGAGCUACAGAGUUUUACCUCCUGGCCUCCAUGUCCUAUGAUCGUUAUGUGGCCAUCUGCAAACCCUUGCAUUACCUGACUAUUAUGAGCAGCAGAGUCUGCAUACAACUAGUGUUCUGCUCCUGGCUGGGGGGAUUCCUAGCAAUCUUACCACCAAUCAUCCUGAUGAGCCAGGUAGAUUUCUGUGCCUCCAAUAUUCUGAAUCACUAUUACUGUGACUAUGGGCCUCUCAUGGAGCUUGCCUGCUCAGACACAAGCUUCUUAGAAUUGACGGUCAUCCUCUUGGCUGUUGUGACUCUUGUGGUUACUCUGGUGCUGGUGACACUGUCAUACACAUACAUUAUCAGGACUAUUCUGAGGAUCCCUUCUGCCCAGCAAAGGACAAAGGCCUUUUCCACUUGCUCCUCCCACAUGAUUGUCAUCUCCCUCUCUUACGGCAGCUGCAUGUUUAUGUAUAUUAAUCCUUCUGCAAAAGAAGGAGGUGCUUUCAACAAAGGAAUAGCUGUACUCAUUACUUCGGUUACCCCCUUGUUGAAUCCCUUCAUAUAUACUUUAAGAAAUCAGCAAGUGAAACAAGCUUUCAAGGACUCAGUCAAAAAGAUUGUGAAACUUUAAAAAAGGAGGUUACACAUUAAUAAAAAUAUAUAUUUUCACUUAAUAAAUAUGCAUUGAGUGUCUAUAUUUCAAGUGCUAAAUUGGCCCUUGAGGAUAAAAAUAGGAAAAGUAUGUCUUAAUUUCAAGAAAACUAUAGUCUGGAAUGAAGAAAGAUA